AUGAAGCAUGUUAGCUGGUAUCGAAAAGAAUCUGGUGGGCUAUUUACCCUACACGCCGUAUACCAGGCGUUUAAGGAAGGGCAGCCAGCAGAAACGGUGUUCGAGCGACUCACAUCGCUCGGAUACGUCUACGAGGAAGACCAUCGCGCAAUGGUCGCGUUCAUGUACAACAAAGUUGCCGAAGAGCUCUUGUAUAAGCCGGACGACGACGCUUCCGGUAUGCUGAUGGCUAUGAAGUGGAAGGCGUUGGGGUGGCAGCCGAAGAAAGUCGCCAAGAUGUUGAACAUUAACCUGAAGAUAUCGCUUGUAGGGGUGAAACAUUCGGCGGUGCAAUGGCUUCGCUACGUCAAGCUGUUGCGAGAGGAGGGCUCGAAGCUUGCGCUUUCCGUUGGUGAAUCGUGGUGGCUUUUGCUCGUUGAAAUGGAUACAGUGACAAAGGAACAAUUCCUCAACUAUGCUCAGUCUCGUGGCGUGGCUCAGCCGCAACUUAAGCCCGGAGUUGCGGCUUCGAGCCCGACGUGA